CUAUGGCGUUUCCACCCCGUGGAAUCAACUUUGCACUAUUUAUUUGUUUUCUAUUUUAAUAAGUGAAUUUUAACUAUUCUAAUAGAAUAAAAGCGUGGUGCGUUUGUGCUUGCUUAUCAGAAUAUUAUAAGGUUGUCCUCAAUAUUAGUGUGUACGUGUAAUUUCUAAGAAAAACAUGGAAGAUAUAUUUCAGUGGUGUAGAGAAGGAAAUGCCUUGCAAGUUCGAGUUUGGCUGGAUGAUACCGAACAUGACAUGAAUCAGGGAGACGACCAUGGCUUCAGUCCCUUACACUGGGCGUGCAAGGAGGGCCACAUCAAGAUCGUGGAGAUGCUUAUGCGCAGAGGAGCUCGGAUCAACGUCACCAAUAUGGGGGAUGACACGCCGCUGCAUCUGGCAGCGGCUCAUGGACACAGACCUAUUGUCCAAAUGCUCCUACAAAACAGAGUUGACGUGAACUUCACGAAUGAGCACGGCAAUUCUCCGCUCCACUACGCUUGCUUCUGGGGCUACACUGCCAUCGCUGAGGACUUGGUUAUGGCCGGGGCGCUGGUGUCUAUGGCCAACCAGUAUGGGGACACUCCCCUUGACAAGACUAGGGGGCAGCUUGUUCAGAGAUUGCACGAUUUAGCCAUCCAGCAAGGGCAGGACAUGAAGAAGAUCCAAUUCAAGGACCAGUCAUGGCUCGGGCUGAAGACUCGAAGCCGCGACGCAACUCUGUCCCGCCACAAGGGCAUCAAUAUCAACGAGCUGGCCCUGCACACACGGAUCGCUUCCACUCCUUCAGGGGAAACAUGGCGCGGUCGGUGGCAGAAGAACGACAUCGUGGCUAAGUUCAUAGCUGUGCGUGAAUGCACGCCGAGGAUACAGCGAGACUUCAAUGAGGAAUUCCCCAAGCUUAGGAUCUUCUCGCAUCCCAACAUCUUGCCUGUGGUGGGCUGUUGCGUAUCGCCGCCAUCGCUCAUAGUCAUCUCGCAAUACAUGUCGUGGGGCUCGCUCCAUUCUUUAUUGCACGGCGGCGCGGGCGGGCGCGUGGUGGUGGACGCGGGCGCGGCGCUGCGGCUGGCGGCCGACGUGGCGGCGGGCAUGGCGUACCUGCACAGCCUGCCGCGCGACCCCGCCGCCGCCGUCUACCAGCUCGACAGCAAGCACGUUAUGAUCGACGAGGACCUGACCGCCCGCAUCAACAUGGCGGACGCGAAGUUCUCGUUCCAAGAACGCGGCCGCGUGCACUCGCCCGCGUGGAUGGCGCCCGAGGCGUUACAGAAACCGCCGCACAAGCGCAAUACCGAAGCGGCCGAUAUGUGGAGCUUCGCUGUGCUUCUGUGGGAGCUGGCUACUAGGGAGAUCCCCUUCGCCGACCUAUCUCCCAUGGAGUGCGGCAUGAAGAUAGCCCUGGAAGGGCUCCGCGUGUCGAUACCGGCGGGCGUCAGCGCCCACGUGGCCAAGCUGAUCCGCAUCUGCAUGCACGAGGAUCCCGGCAAGCGGCCGUCCUUCGAGAUGCUGCUGCCUAUACUGGAGAAGAUGAAGCGCUGAUCACACGAUUUGGAGUCUGAAAUAUGAUGAAGAUACAAGAAGUUAUUUAAAAUUAUAAAGCCUAGCCUGAGACAAAUGUAUUGUGUUAUGAGCCAAAACAUCUUUUAACAAUACUGCAUCAUGAGAAUUAUGUUUUUGGCACUUAGCUCAUUGAAUUCAUAAAUCCUUAUUCAGAGAAUCGUUUCUUUUUAUACAGUGUUGUGUGAAAACUUAAAAACUGCCAAUUUUAUUUUAUUCAGGAAUUCCUCAAUCUUAAGUAAAAAACCUGUAGAAAUAAUCUUGUAGAUAUAUUUUUUAACAUUUCACAAUUAAAUUUUGUGUAUCUGUGAAAUGAUAUCAAUAACCAACUAAAACUGUGUAAUAAUGAUGUGCCACGAUACAAGAGAGUUUAAAUAUUAUAGAUAAUUAUUGCAUUUGUAUUAGAAAUGUGCUAAAAAUAGAUUGAUUAACACAAUUUUUUUGUUUUUUGACACAAGUACAAGAAAAAUAAGUAUGUGAUUUUCAGUGCCAUUGCGCAAAUUAUUUAUUUAUUGCAUUCAAUGAAGUAAUAAAGAUUGUGGCGAAAAUGUAUAAUUUAUGUACUUAUCCGCUUUUCCAGAUAUUUAAUUUUUAUAAAUAUUGUAUGGUAGUGUAAAUUGUGACAAAAUUGACAGUAUUUUAUUUGUUGUUUAAUAUUUUGGUUGUGUUUUUUCUAUGAGUAGGCAAAAAUGCAGACUAUUGACUAAUGAAAUAUUGUAUUGGUGCUUUUAUUAAUAGUUUACGAUAAGUGAUGAAACAAGUGACAUUUUAGCUUUUGAAAAUAUACUUGCCCACCUAAACAUGUACACUUUUUUGGAUUUACACCAUUUUACGGUACGGUUUUGUACGAAAGUUUGUUCCACCAAAGAAGAAAUACUCAGAUUUUAAUAAUAACUUCAUUCCAACCAAACAGUUAAAUCUCUAUACUUCUGGUAAAAUCAUAUACCAGCUGGCCAACGGAAAUGUUUUGCAAGAAAUAUUUAUUUAUUAUUUAUAUUGGAUGAAAUGUGCUUGAAAAUAGAUGUGCCUUAUGAUGUUUGAAUAACAAGAUUAACAAUAUGUAUGCCUUAUAAUAAACAAAUGUAGAUUUAUAAAUAUAUUUUUGAAGUUACAAACUUACAACUUUCAUAAAGUUGUGUAAUGUACUAACAUUUUUUAUAAUAAACAACCAUUAUAACAU